GUGACCGCUAAUACCUCCAGUACAUACCACCAGCACACCUCACUGCGAGAGAUCUAGCUUGUACCGGUGGUCAAGUCACUGUCGCAAGGUUGAAAAUCACGCCAUAUAAAAAGGCUUUGGACAACUACGAGCAGAUAUGCCCCCAAAAAGCAAAGGGAAGAAGGGAAAGCGUGCCGACGACGAUGACUACUGGGAUAAGAUGGGGACUCCUGCUCCGGCAAAUCCCCUAGUUCCGGCGCAGAUCACGGGGGGCGAUGCCGCAGAUGAAGUUGAGAGUAAACCGCAACCCUCUGCAAUGGGAUUCUCGGCGUUUGGUGCCCUUCAUGUGGACGAUGGUCCACCAGAAGUAGAUGAAAAUGAAGAUUUUGGAGGUUUGAUGUCUAUGAUCAAAGCGAAUACUACAAAACAGAAGAAGGAUAAGAAGAAAAAGGGCAGAUUCCAGGCCGUUGAGGAUGAGGAUGAAGAGUUUGCCUCUCCGCGUCCACCAGCACCGCAGUUAGAUGCUGUUGAGGACGAAGAUACCGUCCUGGCUCCUUUCGCAAAGAAGAAAAAGAAGAAGGGUAAGAAGGGCGCCGACGAUUCCGACGAAGAUGGCGCACUACCCACUGCACCACCAGUUCCCAAAGGAGACUUAGUGAAUGAGGACGAUGGUAGUGAAGACGUACCAGGGCCUGCCUCAAAGAAGAAGAAGAAAAAGAAGGGCAAGAAAGACAAGGAUAUUGAUGAAGAAGGCGACGCAUUACCCACUGCACCGCCAGUUCCCAAUGUGGAGGCCGCAAACGACGCAGGGGACGACGAGGAAGUAGAUGUGCCUGGGCCUGCUUCGAAAAAGAAGAAGAAAAAGAAGGGCAAGCAAGAUAAGGACGACGAACUGGAAGUUGCUCCAUCGCCAGUUGCACCUGCCGCACCAGAGGUGGGAAAAGAAGAUGCGGAGGAGGCUGAAGCUGGGGAUGCUGCUGGGUCGGCUUCGAAGAAGAAAAAGAAGAAGGGCAAGCAAGAUAAGAGCGAGGAAGUCGAGGUUGUCCUGCCGCCAGCUGCGCCAGCCGUUGAGGAGGCUGGAAAGGAGGCUGGGGGGGAGGCCGAAGGUGGAGGCAGUGCUGCUGCUGCUGCCAACAAGAAGAAAAAGAAGAAGGGAAAGAAAGACGAGGAUGCGGGCCCACCGGCAGCCGUGCCUGUCCCCACACCUGUCAUUGGGAAGAAGGCGGGCGGCUUGGGUGCACUCCGGGCAAUGAUGGAGGAGAAGAAGCGGCUGGAGGAGGAGGCCAGGCGCAGAGAGGAAGAAGAGCGACGGCGAAUCGAAGAGGAGGAAAGGAAAGCAGAAGAAGAGGCUAAGCGGAAGGAGGAGGAGAGGCUCCGUAGGAAGGAGAGAGAAAAGGCAAAGCGUGACUUAGCUAAGAAGGAGGGUCGCUUGUUGACCAAGAAACAGAAGGAAGAAAGGGCUGCUGCUGAAUUGCGACGACAAGCGUUAUUGUCGUCGGGUGUCGUUGUUGAGGGCCUACAACAGCCCUCCGACAUCUCCGGUGCCACUGGUAAAAAGGUGGUAUAUGGCAAUCGGAAGAAGAAGUCAGCUGCUACAGGAAGGGAGACACCCAUAACUUCGCCCUCGUCUCCUGCUCCUUCAUCUCGCCCGCUAACGCCUGAACCAGCCCCUGAACCAACAGUGGAACUGGUAGAGCCAUCUACCAAGGUCGAAGGCGUCAAGGACGAUUGGGAUGCAAGCAGCGAUGAGGAAGAAACCAAACCUGUUACACAUCCUGGUGUCAAAGACUCCUGGGAUGAUUCCAGUGAAGAGGAGACUGUUUCUCCACCUCCGACAACGAAGGAACCUCCCAAGCCACCCAGUGCUCCUGUGUCGAAGCCUUCGCGGCCAACACGUCAGCCCGCUGCGAAGGUGACUGCUGAAGCCAACGGAUCGGCGGUCAAGAAACCUCAACCUGCUGACGCAAGCGGAUCAUCAACGGAAUCUUCAUCCGAGGAAUCUUCGUCGGAGGAAGAUGACUCUGACGACAGUUCAGAGGAGAGCUCUGAGGAGUCCGAUGAUGGCCUUACGAAGGCGCAGCGUCUAGCCGUACAAAGGAAAGCUGAAGCGGUCGAACGCAGAGCGAAAGCCCAUGAAGCUGCUCUGGCUGCGCGUAGCAAGGACGAUUUACGCAGUCCGAUUUGCUGUAUCUUGGGCCACGUCGACACGGGUAAAACGAAGUUGUUGGACAAGAUUCGACAAACCAACGUCCAGGAAGGCGAAGCCGGUGGUAUCACACAACAGAUUGGUGCAACGUACUUCCCGGUUGAUGCUAUCAAGACCAAGACUGCUGUUUUGAAUAAGGACAAUACGCAAGAGUACAAGAUACCCGGUUUACUUGUUAUCGAUACACCCGGCCACGAAUCAUUCACCAACUUGCGGAGCCGUGGAAGUUCACUUUGUAAUAUUGCCAUUCUCGUCGUCGAUAUUAUGCAUGGUCUUGAACCUCAAACUCUUGAAUCUCUUCGCCUUCUGAGAGACCGUAAAACACCCUUCAUCGUUGCUCUGAACAAGAUCGACCGUAUGUAUGGCUGGAAGGCGACUCCAGACGGGGCAUUCCAAGAAUCACUUGCUAAACAACCGGUUUCUGUUAAACGUGAGUUUGAAGAUCGGGUUCAGAAAACUAUCCUCGCGUUUGCCGAACAGGGUCUCAACGCUGUUCUUUACUAUGAGAACCGAAAUUUUGCCCGCAACGUGUCCCUUGUACCUACGUCCGCAAUUACGGGUGAAGGUGUCCCAGAUAUGAUCAUGCUUCUUGUGAACCUCACCCAACAGCGCAUGAGCGAUCGUCUCAUGUACCUAUCUGAACUUGAGUGUACCGUUUUGGAAGUCAAGGUCAUCGAAGGUCUCGGAACAACGAUCGAUGUCAUCGUCGUAUGCGGUCUUAACGGACCAAUUAUCACCCAGGUUCGCGCUCUUCUAACCCCGCAGCCUCUGCGUGAGUUACGUGUCAAGUCACAAUACGUUCACCACAAAGAGGUCAGAGCGGCCCUUGGUGUCAAGGUUGUGGCACCUGACCUGGAGAAAGCCAUCGCUGGUUCGAGACUUCUUGUAGUUGGACCAGACGAUGACGAAGACGAUCUCCGAGACGAGGUCAUGUCCGACCUCACUUCACUUUUGAACUCCAUUGACAAGUCAGGCCGUGGUGUCUGCGUACAAGCCAGUACACUGGGGUCAUUGGAGGCGCUGCUUGACUUCCUUAAAGUCAGCAAGAUCCCCGUAAACGGCAUUAACAUUGGUCCUAUUCACAAGAAGGAUGUCAUGCGUUGUGCUACUAUGCUUGAAAAGGCUAAGGAACUCGCAGUUAUUCUUGCCUUCGACGUUCCAGUAGACAAGGAUGCAGAGAAAUUGGCCGAAGAAAUGGGCAUACGGAUAUUUAAGGCUGACAUCAUCUACCAUCUCUUCGAUGCGUUCACGGCCUACAACAAUGAGAUCAUGGAGGCCAAACGGAGAGAUGCAGCUCCUCAAGCUGUCUGGCCAUGUCGUCUUAAAAUCAUUGCUGCAUUCUGUAAGCGCGACCCGAUCAUCUUGGGAGUCGAUAUUCUGGAUGGAAACUUGCGCAUCGGAACGCCCAUGUGCGUUGUGAAGGUCGAUCCGACGACACAAAAGAAAGAUAUCAUUGACUUGGGAAAGAUCACCUCGCUCGAAAUCAAUCACAAACCGUUCGAGAUAGUCAAGAAGUCUCAAGCAGGUGGAGGCGUUGCAGUGAAGAUUGAACAUGCAGUUUAUCAGUCUGCGAGAAUGUUCGGCCGACAUUUUGACGAGAAGGAUGAACUCAUUAGCCACAUCACACGUCAGAGCAUUGACGUUUUGAAGGCGACCUUCAAAGCUGAGGUAUCAAUGGAGGAGUGGGCGCUCAUCAAGGCACUAAAGCCACGCCUGAAUAUUCAAAAAAAGUAUCGCUUCUUCUUUAUCUCCUCAAUGUCUGCUCCUGCAAGUGUCAGCGGUACUAACAAAAUCGUCGCCAACGAUAGCGAAGUUGUCGCUGUCGUGGAUAGAGACGCAUUGCAACUGAAUCAACUUGGCUAUAAACAGCAACUACACCGCAGCUGGCACCUUAUCGAGAGUUUUGCUGCCAGCUUCGUCGCUCUCAACUUUAUUGGUGGUGUCCGUUCUGCACUUUUCCUCGGUCUACUCGCGGGUGGUCCUGCCGCGAUAUGGUCAUCGUACGCCGUUACUAUGAUCUUCAUGUUCAUUACGGCUGUAGUGCUGGCGGAAAUUUGCUCUGCCUUGCCUUUGAGUGGUUCCAUAUACAUCUGGGCUGCCGAGAGUGCUGGUCCUAAAUAUGCGAGAUUUGUUGGCUUUAUCGUCGCUUGGUGGGCUUGUACGGCUUGGAUGACGUUUACAGCAAGCAACUGUCAGGCGACUGCCAAUUACAUCGUCUCUCAGAUGGCCGUAUGGAAUGUCAAUUUCCCUGGCGGUGUAGGAAAUGACAACAUUCAAUGGCGUGCCCUUAUUUGGGGUAUCUCUGAAUUGAUGCUUUUACUGUCUGUCACGAUGAAUUACCUCCCGCCGAGACUAUACUCCUUCAUCUUCAAAUUCUCCGUUGGCCUUAUGAUGCUAGACUUUUUCCUAUGCCUCAUUUGGUUACCCAUCGGUGUCUCGAAGACCUAUGGUUUCCGAUCUGCGAAAGACGUUUUCACUAUGACAUACAAUGGUACCGGGGCUCCGCCCGCAUGGAACUGGAUACUUUCUUUCCUAUUCACUGCUGGCACGCUGACCGGUUUUGAUGCAUCCGGGCAUAUAGCUGAAGAAACAAUGAAUGCCAGUGUGGUUGCUGCGAAAGGUAUUCUAUCCAGCGCGAUUGCGACGGGCGUUCUCGGCUUUGCCACCACGAUCCUGUUUCUCUUCUGCACUCCCGAUCUGGACACAGUAUUUUCAUUGAAUGCACCGCAACCGUUUGUCCAGAUCUAUGCGCUUGCCCUGGGAAAGAAAGCGAGCAUCUUCAUGACGAUAAUCGCUGUUCUCGGUCUCAUCAUGAAUUCCACUGUUGCCAUCGUCGCAUCAUCACGGUUGGUGUUCGCUGUUGCCCGUGAUGGCGUACUGCCUUUGUCUCGCUGGGUUGGCUGCGUGGAUUCGAAAGGCCAACCUCGCAACGCGGUCACUGUCAUUUAUAUCUUUGCUGCUUUGCUCCUCUGCACGAUCUUGCCAAGCCAGGUGGCAUUCACAUCGUUGGUUUCGGCCGGGGCGGUUCCGACUAUCGCUGCCUAUGGAUUGAUUCCGUUACUCCGCCUAACGAUGACGCCAAAUCACUUCCAGUCAUCGCACUUCCGACUUGGAAAGUAUGCGAAACCGUUCUACGUGUGCGCUGCGUUAUUCAACGCACUUAUCUUCGCCGUAUUUAUGGCAAUUGUUAUCUUCAUUGCGAUCACCAUCUUUGCGGUUCUUAGCUGGUACUUUAUUCCUGAAGAGAAGUGGUUAAGGAGGGAGCAAGUUUUGCGGGCCAUGGAUGCUUCCGAAGGCCAGGAAGAGCACUAG